AUGACCAAAGUUCUCCUCCUCGGUGCUACCGGCUAUCUCGGUCGCCAAAUCGCCAAUCUCCUCGUCCAGAGUGGACAACAUACUGUCUACGGGGUAACUCGCAGCCCCGCCAAAGCGAAGCAACUGGCCAAAGAAGAGAUAAUCCCGAUUGUCUGCCCGGACCCAGUAAAUCGACCAGAUGCAUAUCUUGAUAUCGUCCGCUCCAAGCACAUUGAUGUGGUUGUGGAUGUAGCCGGCGCCGAUGCUGGUUCGUACAAUUUCCUCGCUGAUGUGGCUUUGGUCGGCAAGGAGCGCAUGGAUGCGUCCAAGGCCCGAGGUGUACAAGCGUCAAAAAUUGGAUACAUAUAUUGCUCUGGGUCGUGGGUUCACGGCUCAUCCAAUGAGCCUGUGAACGAUUUCGAUAUCGUCGGGGAUGGAGCAAACACGCCCCCUGUAGAAUUAGUGGCAUGGAGAGUCGGAAUGGAGCAGGCUGUUCUUCAAGCAAAGGAUGUGCUUGAUGUCAUGAUUCUGCGACCAGCUCUGAUAUAUGGCCGAGAAAGCACUAUUUGGGCUCCCUAUCUCCUUCCUGUGCGAGAGGCCGCAAAGAAGGGGUCUGAGACAGUGGAAAUACCUCUAGUUGCUCAUUCUCGACCCGGCCUGAUCCAUGUCGACGACACGGCGAAAGCUUUAGUUCGGGCGAUCGAGAAAGUGCACAUCUUCCCCGGCACAGGAGUUUACCCUGUCUUCGAUUUGGUGACCAGCCAAGAGAGCAUGCGGGAUAUCUUCGCUGCUCUGGCUUCAACCUGGGGAUUCACGGGUACGGUGGAGCUGAAGGGACAUGGCGGAGAUCUAUUUCACAAAGCGAUGUGCACCAGCUUCCGAGGAUCUUCUGCGAGGGCAAAGCAGUUGUUGGAUUGGCAACCAACGAGGUUGAAUGGCUUCGUGCAGGACAUGGAAAUCUAUGCUGCUGCAUUUGUGGCAGAGCAUGUUGAGUAA